AUGUCCGCAGGCAGGCACCAAUACGGCGACAAUGUGUACUGCUGGUCGCAGUACCAGAUCUCUUUUCAGAUUGAGGGCGAAGAAUUCCAGGUGACACACGGCGAAACACAGAGCACCUUUUGCCCCUACGAAGACGAGAUCACCAUACCCGAGGUGGAGCGGCUUGCGGAGCUGCGGGAGAAGUGGCACACGCCACUGGACGCCGACACGCUGCACUGCCUCUUCGGCUUCCUGCUGCCCUACGAUGACAUCGCCCAGGCCUACAACUUCCACAUGGUCAUCCUGUCCAGCCAGGACGAAGACAUCGACGAGUAG